GUCACACGCACGCAUAGAGGUUUCAAAAACAAACACAAGACCACAUCAUAAAAUCAUCAGCGUUAAGUUUAAGAGACGUUUAAGGAUGUUGAAGAAGAUGUGGGAUGACGUCGUGGCUGGCCCUGAACCUGAGCGUGGACUUGGGAGGCUCAGGAAGCUCAACACCAAAGAUGGUGAAGGAGAAGGAAGCAUGUUGAUGACAUCGCCGACGUCGCAGGCAACGACGCCAAAAACACCGUCGACGCCAACGUCGGCGAAGAAAGGGGACAACGUGUGGAGGAGCGUGUUCAAUCCAGGGAGUAACUCUGCUACCAAGAGCAUUGGAGCUGAGAUGUUCGACAAACCUCUCCCAAAUUCUCCUACUGUUUAUGAUUGGCUCUACAGCGAUGACACCAGGAGCAAGCAUCGCUAACUUGACUGCGGGUCGCAUGGUCCUAAUGUCUGCCACGUGUACUCUGUUUGUCGUGUCCUACUUUGAUUCUAGCCCGUGUCGUUUUAUUUCAUUUCCUGAUACUAUCAGGGUUUUGCUGCGGCGGAUUCACUGGAAGUCUGCAUGUUCAAUAUUUGUGAGAGGGAACACUCCUUUCCGAUCACUUUCUGAUAUUUGCAUCACCGUUUGUCUUAAUCAUCUUGCUGUUAAAUGAUAAAUGAAUAACAUAUGAACGAGAA